CAAUAAUUUAAAUAGCAGUUUUGUUUGAUUCACACCAACUCUCCAGAAGCAAGAUGAUUUUCCAUCUUGUUAUUUUGAUAUCCGUAGCUGCCAGUGCAUACGGCGGUGAUGGACAAUGCGACGAGAAAACUGCGGGGCGGUUUCCCCAUCCUGACGAGUGCCAGCUCUACUACGACUGUAGUGUAACUUACUCCCCACCCGAGAUGCCCGGGGGCAAGGGUGUGACCGAAUGCGAGUACCCGCUACUGUAUGACGAGUCCAGCGGGAAGUGUAUGAAAGAGGUCGAGUGCGGGUCGCGGAUGCUCAAGAAAAAUGGGUGUGAUUACUACAACAAUCGGUGUUACAGCAUCCGAUGCCCGCCGUGCUUUUUGAGGUUUCCGGAAUGCGAGGGCUUGACGGACGGCACAUACCCACAUCCUGCUAAACCGGGAACGCCUAGAUGCAUGGUCUGCAAGAACGAGCGCUUCGUUGAGGAAAUAUAUUGUCCUGUCAAUGUUAUUACUACAUAAACGCCUGCAUGGGAAAGAUAGAUGUUCAACCACGGCCAUGAACCAAGACGCACCCUAGUGUAACCGUCUCGAUACACUUGUUAUACUGUCAUGAUAAAUAAACAAAUAAAAAGUUA